GCCUCUUGCUGGGAAGUAGCAACGCUAACCACUGCACCACCACGGCAUGCCUAAUUAUUGUGUUUCUUCGUAAUACCGCACGAAAUGAGACGGGAAGGGUUAUAUGCUGUUUAGUAUUCACAUUUGAUACUAAUUAGAUGCCAUUCUUUGACUGGAUUUGCCAACUUUUCAUGAUCCUGUAUAACAAUUUUCAGUGUCUGCAGAUUGGAAGGUACCUUCUGAUUUGUUUGCGACCAGUUUGUUGGGGCAGUACAAGAGGUCCGUACCACGCUGAAACCAUGGUAACUUUCACUUUAGCACGGCCGCAACGUUGUUAUUAGGCAGAGCUGACAGACGUUUUAACUAUUGAAAAUAAUGCAGUAAACGGAACGACGGGCCUGGCAUGCUGAAGGAAUUGGACGUUUAACAACUUUGGACACUGUUUCGUGCGACUAUUGGAAGGACAGCACUAUGGCAAGCUCGGACUGGAUGGCAUUGGGAAGAGCUGAUGAGAAGAGCAGUGAUGCAAAGGAGAGAACUAUUACUGUGUCAGGAUUUCCAGAUGGGAUACUUCCAGAUGAUGAGAUGAGUGACAAACUCAUAAUUCAUUUUCAGAAAUCAAAAAAUGGAGGAGGAGAUGUGGAAACUAUUUAUUAUCCAGCUAAAAUUCCAGGAGUGGCAUAUAUAGUUUUUGAUGACAUUAAAGUUGCAAAACGAGUUUUGGGAAAGGAGCACAUUUUUGAAGAUCCAAGAAUACAUGGAAGAUACAAACUGAAAACUUCCCUCUACAGUGAAGAUGUCUUUACAUCUGUCUCUGUCAUUCUUGACCUGAGCAUUUUUCGCAAGAAAUACAGGCUUCAAGACUUUGUACAGCAUCUGAAAGAGAGUUUUCUGUCCUUAACUCUGUCUGAGAUAGAUGCCAGUGGGAGACUUAGCGUUACUGGCCCCUUCUCUGCAAUUAAAAAGCUACGAGAAUACGUUCUUUCUGAAAUUGAAGCAUUAACAUAUAAUGAUAUUUUUCCUUCUCAAAGGACAGAGAAGCAAAGCUCUGAAUAUUUUUCAAAGAAUGUAUUGUCUUUAGAUAUGACUCCAGGUAAAACACUUAUCAAGGAUAUUGUUACAAACAAAGAAAUGUUGUUUGUUGAUACUGAUAUUUAUAAAUAUAUGAUCCAUAUAUGCAGAAAUCAAUAUGAAAAAGAACUGAAAAAACACAACAUUAAAGCCAGCAUACAUGAAAUGGGUGAAAUCACAGUGGUAUACCUUGAAAAUGAACGUAGCAAUCAAAACGAUGUGAAACUGGCAAAAAAAGCAGUACUGGUCUUGAUUGACAAGUUGCAGAGAGACUUGAGAAAAGAACAGAUUUUGCUUACUAACUUUAGUACUGAGGAAAGGAAGAACAUAGAGAAAAUGUGCAAAGAUUUGGAAGACUGUUAUCGCUACCUACUUAUUCUUCCAGUUGAUGAUUGUAUUGGAUUAGUUGGUAGCUCUUCAGAUUGCUAUAAUUUUAUUCAUAGUCUGGAAAGGAUCACAGGUAUAAAGAUAAAAAGCAGAGUCUUACCUGCAGAAUCUAAAAAUACUACUGCAAAAGGUGUUUUAUCAGCGUUCAACAGUUCACCUGAACAAAACGGUGAUAGUGAACCUUUAUCUUUGCCCACAGUUAUGAAUCAUAGUAGAUUAAGUUCUGCAACACAUGUGCUCCCCUCUUCUGAUAAUUUGACCAACAUUAGGAAUAAAGAUGGCCCCCAGCCUUUGCACACAUUUUCAGGUACACAAGAUUCAUUGUCAGAAGAAAAUAAAAUGCCUAGGUCUUCAAGUCUGUAUCGAUCAUCAUUCAGUAGUAAAUGUACCAGGUAUAAUCUAGAUGAAACUUUCUUUGCAUCACUUCCUCUAACUUAUUCUUCAUUUACACAUUCUAAUUCUUACACCAAACAGGAAAGUAAAAGCUACCAUCAGUAACACUUACUUUUAUUAUGGGAGGACAAAAACUCAGUGUGGCGUGAUAAAUGAUACAUUCUUAUGGAUUAGCGGAAAUAUUUCAGACUAAGUGAAUAGUUAGCAGUUAAACACUGGUAAAAAUAAACAGGGUGGACUUUCGACCAGUAAUACUAAGUGAUUGAGCACAUGCCAAGGUCAUAUAGAAUAUUUAGUACACUUUAUUCAUAUAUAAUGUACAUUUAACAUGAAAAUGAAUGUAGGAAUCUCUGUACAGUUCUGUACAUUUGUUAAAACCCCAGGGUAAUGUGAUUUAACUUUAUUUUAAAUUUAGUCAACAAACAGCAAAUGUUUCUGAAUAAAUAAUUCAGAAGGGGGAGGGGCAGAUAAAGGGCCAGCAUUUAAAGCAUGGGAUAAUUAGAAGUGUUACAUAACCAAGCAGUAAAGCAUGAUUUGAAUAUGGUAAGGAGAAAGAUAUUUGUAAUGGAAGUAUUUUGCACUUGCAUGUAAAAAAGUAUGUCAUUUUGCAACUGGAGUGUGUUUUGGAACUUAUUUCUUGGAGCAGCUGGAAAAAAUGUAUGCUAACAGAAAUUUGCUAAUGGAAAGCCAAUGUUUCAUAACCUCUUUUUGAGAGCUAUGACAAGUGUUUUAAGAGCUCUUGUGGUAUAGUGUGUAGUAAGUAAUUGUGCAUUUUAGGUCUGUGUUCCUAGCUCAGUUAAACAGCUUUUAAGUUGGUAUUGAUGAAUGAGGAGGGUCCAUUUCUGUAGACUCGGGCAUAUUUGCAAAAGAAGGAAAUUGAAAAAAAAAACCUUGCAUUGUUCUAAAAUAAACUGCAUAAGACAGAACAGUGUGUCGCAGAAAAGCUGAAUCUCUUGAAAUAAUAUUUUGUGAAACCUAAGUUAAUUUGGCUUUGUACUUCUCCAGUAUAGUGUUAUGCCCCCACACCUUCUGUAUUAUAUCGCAACCCAUAAGACCACCAUUGCCAGGGGAAAGGAGGCAAGUUUCUGCUUGAGGUGUUUGACAUUGUCAGUGUUUUGAAUACCACUAUUUUUUGCAUGCUGUAUUUUUUUCCAGAAUGUUCAUAGAUGGACAGUUAUCAGCAGAAACUACUGGCCACAGUAGUAUUAAGCAGCUUCAUUUUCAUCUGAUGUAAUUGUUUAUAAUUGUUGCAUUGAGAAGUGUUUGAGUAGCAGUUAUAUAUCGUCAUCUCUUAAUGCUGUGCCCCAUAACUAGAGGUUGUUGUGAGUGAUGGGCUUGUAGAGUUGAGGGGGAAUAAACAAAACAUGCCACCUCUGAUACCAUGUAUUGUAAUGCAGCAACAUUAUUUUAAUUGAUUUUUAAUUAAAUUUAACAAGCCACAUCAAAAACUGUAAAAAAAAAAAAAAAAAAAAAAAAAGAUUUUAUUACAGAACAGAGCAAUGUAAACAUAUAAUUAGAUGAGCAUCAUCUAUAUAAUAAAAUUAGACACUCUAUUGCAGUAGCAUAAUUUCCUUUAAUGUACAGUGAACAAAUAUGUAAGGAUCCCCUUUUAAAAAAAGUAUAAAAAUCUUGUGCUCUGAAAAUAAAAAGGUAAAAAAUACCCAUAAUGCUAGUGCUUAAGUGUUUAACAACAUUUAAAGGUACUUGGUUAAUGUUGUGUAAUCACAAAUUAUAAAACCUCAUUACAAACAGUAACACAGCAUGGAUGUCUGUUGGUGUUACUUGCUCCAUAUUAGUCAAGACACAGUUCAAAUUCAGACAAGCUUAGCAAGCUUAUGUCAUGUGAUCACAUCUAGCAAGAGCAAUGAACUCGGACAAACCCUAGAAUGCAGAGCAGUCAUUUAGCAGACAUGGUCAUGUUUGUGCAGUAAGCCACAGUGUUGGUUAUGAGUGCCAGCAAAGUCCUGAACAAUAGGUGAGGGCUUUGAAAUUAAAAGGUGUUCAGCACAAACUAUUGGUUUACUACUGUGAUCAUUAAGUGGUGACACUAACACCACGGCAAAUGUCUGGGAAAAUCAAACUACAGUUUCACCUGUUGUGUAUUCAUUAAGUUGCUGUUUUCCUGUGUUCUGUCUGAAUAAAAUCCAUUGUACAUAAA